UUGCGCACUAAACUGGUUCAACUCCGAUGGCGCAUUAAUGUAGUUCAACGUAGAUUAUUGGGGAUUGAAACCAUCGAUCCGUGCGACAGACCUGCCUACAUGCUUCCAAAUUCUCGGAGAAGCGGCGAGCAGUUUCGGUUUCAGUUCUUCUUGAAUUUAUAUUUUACUCCAUAACUAAUUCUAAAUAGGCAGCAAAAACACAAUAAAACAAAAACUUUAUUAUUAGUAUUUAAAAUACCGAAUAGCUUCCUUUUACUUUUGAUUUUAUAAUAUGUUUAUCAUAUACGGCAUGGCGGCUGUGCCUUCUCUGUUGCCAUGGUUUCGCAUUUUUCUCCCGUGGGCUCCGUGUUCGCAUAGGUCCUACAGUGUGGUAUAGUUUCGGGGGUUUCGCGCGCUUUCUCAAAUAGAUAUUAUACUUGGGCUUGCUGAGUCAGUCUGCGUUUCAAUCGAAGAGCUUACAGUUGGCAGGAAGCGCGCCAUGGAAAGCGAAUACGAAAGUGACCCCUUUGCUGUGGUCUCAUUCCCUGAAGAGGAGGACAGUUUGGCCAUCAUUCACACGUCAUGGCUGAAAGGAGACCACCGCUCUACGUUUUGGCCAAUAGAAAAAAACCCUGGCAAACGGCGAAAACUAACGAUGCAAGGCACUAAGCCAACAGACUCUUGGAUUGAAGUGCAGUGCGUCGUCAAACGCUGGGCUGGUAAGGUUGACUUUUGCUUUCUCAAUUUCUGUGUUGUAAAAAACUUUUUCCCCCCAGAUACCUAUGAGAGGGCACAAAACAAGCUUAAUUCCCUCCAGUACUCAUCUGACAGUAACAGUGGAAGAGAAUUGGGACGGGGCAAAAGAAGGCGGCGACGUGCAAUACAUUUUCGAGAUGAUGAGGAGAAUGGCAGCUCAGACUACGAUGAAAAUGAUGAAUAUGUCCAACCAAGGGCACCAACACCACCUCAGCCAUUAUCCGUGACAGGCAGGUAUGAGCCGACCUCGGGAGAACUGUCUUACCAACUCCCGCACUGUACAGAUGUUCGGGACUGUUCAUUUUCACUCAUGGAGGCUUCACAACCAAGUUCACAAGCCAAUGCUUUGCACAGGUCUGUAGCUACCCAUGCUGAAGCCCCAAGAUUAUACACAGACUUGCAAACUCAAGGUUCAGCCUACAGGCCAGUAUCCACAUCUCUUGCUGAAACUACAAGGCCAUGCACAAAUCCACAUGUGCUCGAUGCUUUGCACAGGUCGGAAGCUGCCGGCUCAUUCACGGAAUUGCAAACUCGUGGUUCAUCAUACACACCAGUAUCCACACCCCUUGCUGGAGCUACAAGGUCACGCACGGAACCACAUGUGCUUGGUGCCUUAUGCAGGCCUGCUUCGACACAUGCUAAAGCUGCCAGCUUCACUGAGUUGCAACCUCUCGAAUGUGCAUGCGGCAGCCAGGAAUUGAACCUGCGAGCUCAAGCUUAG